AUGAAUACGGCUUUCGGAAUACUACUGGUUUUGUGCACUGCGGAAUGCAUAUUUGCUAGACCAGAUCGUUACCUACAGCAAAUGGAAAGACCCAGGUUCCGCAGACAAUUUGGCUUUGGACCUGACAUUACUUUUGGAGGAUCAUACCAAGGAUACGAAGACUUCAAUAAUGGACCAUUUGGACCGUUUGGCGGUGGUGGAUAUGGUCCAUAUGGAGGUGGAUUCGGUCCAUAUGGCGGUUUUGGCCCGUUUGGAUAUGGAUACUAG